GAGGAUCGUUUGAAGGAUCACCGCACCAUUCCAUUUUUAUGACGCUAUAAGCCUCUUUCUAUCCAUUUUCCAUCAAAUUUAAUAUAUUGUUCUAAUAAUACUGUUGUUCCUCCACUAGAUUUCCAAAAAUUCAAUCAACAUGUCGUGGCAAUCAUACAUAGAUGACCACUUGAUGGCCGAUAUUGAGGGUAACCACCUCACCUCUGCCGCCAUCGUCGGCCAUGACGGCAGCGUCUGGGCUCAGAGCGCCAACUUCCCUCAGUUCAAGCCUGAUGAGAUAACCGGAAUCAUGAAUGACUUUGAGAAUCCUGGUACGCUUGCUCCUACUGGAUUGUACCUUGGUGCCACUAAAUACAUGGUCAUUCAAGGUGAACCAGGGGCUGUCAUCCGAGGGAAGAAGGGACCAGGCGGUGUUACUGUGAAAAAGACCACCCAGGCCUUGAUAAUUGGCAUCUAUGAUGAGCCUAUGACUCCCGGCCAGUGCAACAUGGUUGUUGAGAAGAUUGGUGAUUAUCUUAUUGAUCAGGGUCUCUAAUUGUUUUGCGAAGCCUCUAUACAAAUAUUUGGUGUUGUGGGUUCUUGGUCUUGAUAAAAGGAGUAUGGCGUUUGAGAGUCAAGUAUGGCGUUUGAGAGUCAAUGGAUAAUGUUCUCUUCCUAAAUUCAAUUGAGUUGUCCUUGCGUUUCCUGGUUAUGAAGAUUGUUUUCAUGAAUUCGUGCCAGUAAAUUAUGUAUUUUCGGUGGUUUUUAAUGGAUAUUAAACUUCAUAGACAACUUUGCAGAUAUAGUAUUUGGCUUGUAUGAUAAGCUUAUUCAUGGUUUUAAUGCUUCUACCAUCUAAUUCAA